CCCCCCUCUCUCUCUCCCCUCUCUCUCCCCUCUCUCUCACUGUCUCUCUCUCUCUUCAACAUGCCUACAGCAUGAUGAAACAAACUGGUUUGUCUGGUGACGAAAAGGUGAAGAAACACUAAACUUUCGUCGAGUUUCCCACCUGGACGAGGAGUCAGAGACAGCGAGUGAAAAGUCUACGAAGAUGUGGAGUCCGAAGUUUAACCGGAGAAGAGUUUGACGACUCAACGGCAUCCGGGAUGGCACGGCGCUCUCAGUGCUCCUCUGCGGGUGACAACCCUCUGGACCCAAACUACCUCCCCCCUCAUUACCGGGAGGAGUACCGUCUGGCAGUGGAUGCGCUGGUGGAGGAUGGCCUGGAAGGGUACUAUGAGUUCCUCCUCAAAGCGGAUGUGGUGGACUUCCUGUCAUUGGCGGAGAUUGAGUACAUUCAGGGGUCGGUCCGAGUGCCGCAGUAUGGCGAGCAUCCCGAACAACGUUUCCUGGAGGAGGGGGGAGACGGCUCCUCAGACACGUACUGGCCCCUGCACUCUGACCUGGAUGCCCCGGGUCUGGACCUUGGAUGGCCUCAGAUUCAUCACUUCAUCGGACCCACAGAGGUCACGACGCUGGUCAACCCCCCUGAGCCCGACAUGCCCAGCAUCAAAGAGCAGGCCAGGCGACUCAUUAAGAACGCCACACAGGUGGUUGCUAUAGCGAUGGACAUGUUUACUGACGUUGACAUAUUUGCGGAUAUUCUCAGUGCUGCCAUGAGGAAUGUUGCCGUUUACCUCCUGUUAGACAAAGAGAACGUUCAUCACUUUGUCAACAUGGUGUCAAACUGCAGAGUCGACCUGAACAGCAUCCAGUCUCUGCGUGUGAGAACUAUCUCUGGCAUCACCUAUCACUGCCGCUCAGGGAAAUCCUUCAGAGGUCAGAUGAUGGAUCGCUUCCUGCUGACGGACUGUCGGGCCGUGCUGAGUGGAAACUACAGCUUCAUGUGGUCAUUUGAGAAACUCCACCGCUGUAUGGCACACCUGUUCCUUGGACAGCUCGUCUCAACCUUCGAUGAAGAGUUUCGUAUUCUGUUCGCUCAGUCUGAGCCGCUGAUGAUCGACAAUAUGCUUCCUCCAAUGGAAGACCUUGUCCAUUUACAAAAGAGGAAGUUCUCAUGUGAAAGACCUUUACUGUACAGAGAGCCAAAGAAACAUCAGUCACUGGAUACGGCUCACCCAGAAGAAUGGGCGAGACAUUCCCAUGAUGAGCGUAUGGAUCUUGAUUGGAGAAUGAUGCCUCUUAAAAGACAGGAAGUCCCAUAUGGCCCGGCUGAUGUCUACGGCAGAUUCACGUCGCAGCAGUCAGGCAUGGAUCCGUCUUUCGAUCAGGGCCCCUCCAGGAUAGCAAUGGUGGAAAAUCCAAGCUUUAAACGUCACAGUUAUGCUGAAGGCGUUCAUGGUCGGUACUCAUCCCCGAUCUUACAGCCACAGGGGGCGCCAGAACUUGAGGACCAGGGGCAUCCGUUUCACAGAGGUAAGCAGCCUUAUCAAGAUUACAGCAGCUAUGAUCGCUUCUGGAACCAAGACUUUCAUUCAGCAGAUCAAUACUCUGAACUAGGUGUACCUCCAGAGGUAGAGAGACAUGAGAACUUUGACCCUGUUUUGAACUAUUUAUCAUCGACCAGAAAUGCAGACUUUGAGCGGGGCUCAGAGAAAAUACCCCCUGCAACAGAUUUACAGUUUAGUUCAUCACAACCCAGAAGGCUGAGUUUAGGCCAGCCGUAUGCCUGCCAGACAUCCCCCACCCCAUCAAACCAGAGUGAUCAGAAGCCUUUUUUCUUGGAGCCUAACAGCGACCAAAAGGAUCCCACGGUGAAACGAGGGCUGAGAAACUGGAGGAUCAGCUCAUUCCUCAGUGCUUAUGAUAAUCCAGGAGAUGAUGGGCUGCCAUCGGCUCCACCUGUUGCAUCAGAUCCUUUUGAGGAUCCCUCUGACUCAAUUCAACAAACAGCAUCAGGAAUAGAUUUAGCUGUCCCUAAAAUCCCCAAUGUCAGAGAGUUUAAGAUUCCUGCAUUACCCAGGGCCAGUCAGAUGCCAAGUUACGUUAAAACCACGGCAAGAGAGCAGCCAAAGAAACCGCCUGACCAACCAACUGCAGGAGAAUCCAAAUCAACCCCGACACAGUCAGAAUCAUCAUCCACCACUGAAGGGGAGAAGACAGAGGAGGCAGAGCCAAAGCAACCCAGAACUGUUCAAAGGGAGGAGUCGUUCCGGAGGAAGUACAAUGCAGCCGUUCAAAGGAGCUCCAGGUUGAGAUCAUCUCUGAUAUUCAGCUCUCUGGACCAACAGCAUACCGCUGAAGAUAAGAAAACUACUCCAGGCCAACAGGAUGCGGACGAUGACAAAAAUGAGGCAGACCAGAAAAAACUACCGUACAUGUCUCAGGUUUUUGGACAAAGGAGGUCUACUGCUAGAGAGCCUUUCGAAUGGAGCCGUUACUUUAAGUCGUCCACCUUUGAUAAUUCUGCCACAGACAAACCCAAAGCAGACGAUGGAGAUGGUAAAACAGAUGAUAAAAACUCAGAAAGAGACGAACAUUCAAAGGAUCUUUCACAGAACCCUGACGGUAAAGAGUCAUGUCAACCAGCAUCUGUGGAUCCAGUGAACUCCUCAGAACCAACGCCCCCAUCUAAGAGUUCUGAGCCUGAGCUGCAAAAAACUGAUCAACCAGUACAACCUCAGAAACCUCUGUUCACUGCUCCUGUUUAUGUCGACAUGAGUGAUCCUGAUAAGAGGCUCAUGUUUUUCAAAGAGUUGGCAGCAAAACGCAAAGCGGAGAAGGUUGCAGAAGUUAAGGCUUCCAUAACACCACAGAGUGAACCAACAAAUGAUAUCGCUGUGAAAAAGGAGCAAGACGAGCAGUGUUCAUUAGAAACAAAUACGGCUGCAAAGGAUGCUAGGAAAACAGAAUCUACAGAAUCCUCAAAGUUCAUCAGUCAGUGUUCAGGUCAGUCAAACGCGGAGGAAAGACUGUCAAAGACUGAUUCCCCCCAAAGCCCAAGAAGUAAACAAACCAGAAAUGUAACAGAUCCAGAUAAGAAUGAACCAAAGAGCCAAUCAGAAGCCUCGCUGCAUGUUUCUGCAGAAACAGUAACACCUGAGGGUAAAGAAGGAAAGCUGUCCAAUUCUGCAGAGUGUAAGAGAGGCUCCAUUCACCCCCCGGCACCCAACAUCCCUGUUCCUGAUGAUGUUCCUUCUGUAGCGCAUGGAACUCCUGAAACACACCUGGAUUCUACCUCAGAGGAUUACUGUCCACUCACCUGUUCAGAGAAGAUCCCAUCAUCCUGGGAAAACCAUGCAGGACCAGUACAAAGCUGGUCCUCAGAGUCUGGUUCUGGUUCUGGAUCUGCUCCUCUUUCCUCUCCAGCUAAAACCAAACCUCCUUACUCAGUUCCAGAACACUCACAGUCCACUUCCAACACUUUGGUCCUGAAUGGAAAAGAAUGUGUCAGCCCCUUAGCCUCUUCUAUCAGCCAAUCACUGACUGAGUCGACCAAAGAUCGUUUACUUCCUGUUUCUACGUUAACAUCGUGUGAGAUCGGCUUAGCAGACUCGUCUGUUCAUGUUAGCUCUGACAUUUCUCCUGUUUCAGACACAGCUCCAUUCAGAAGCUGUGGAGAGCCCUCAGACGUACCUGAAUCACAAACUGAAAAAACAUCAAAACAAGCAGCCCCUCCCUCUGAACUCCACCUGACACCUGUAACACCUGAACCUCAAACAGGACCAGCUUCUUCUCCUCUGACUGACACUGUUUUAACCACUGACGAGGGACAGACACAAAGACCCUCCGAUCACUUCUCUCUUCCUGGUCUGGUUACAUCAGACUCCAGCCAAACUCCAACCAAAGAAACUUCUAGACCAACUGACCUGCUUUACAAAAUACCUGAAUCUGAACCUUCAGCUGCAGCCUCUGCGGAGUCACCUGUACCUUCAGCUGCAGCCUCUGCAGAGUCACCUGUAUCUUCAGCUGCAGCCUCUGCAGAGUCACCUGUACCUUCAGCUGCAGCCCAGGCAGAGUCACCUGAACCUUCAGCUGCAGCCCCGGCAGAGUCACCUGAACCUUCAGCUGCAGCCCCUGCAGAGUCAUCUGAACCUUCAGCUGCAGCCCCUUCACCUGAAUCUGAACCUUCAGCUGCAGCCUCUGCAGAGUCACCUGAACCUUCAGCUGCAGCCCCUGCAGAGUCACCUGUACCUGCUGUAAAGAGUGACAUAAACAGUCAAAAUGAAGUCAGCAAAGAGUCUGAAAUGUCUGAUUGUGAUGAGAAGGAAACUAAAUGUUCAGACGUCACAAUCGAAAGUCAUAAAACCACCAAUCAGGUCUGCAGCAGGACAACAAAUGAGCAUGGAGAGGUGACAUCACAGGAAGUGGUUCCUCCGUCACAUCAGUCCAAGCAGCAGAAAUCGACUCAGUCUCGAUACCACUCAUCCACCGCCAACGUGCUCUCAAGCAGCAACCUGAGAGACGACACCAAGCUGCUUCUGGAGCAAAUUUCUGCAAACAGCCAAAGCAGGAAUGAGGCGACCAAAGAGUCUGCGGUCACCGAUGACGACAAAGAAGACGAGGCCGACAAAAAUGUAAAAAGAGACAAAAACAAAGGGAUCAGCCGAGGACCGCCAAAGUCCAGCCAGGAGCGUGAUAAACUGCUGGAGAGAAUUCAGAGCAUGAGGAAGGAGAGGAAAGUUUACAGUCGAUUUGAGAUGGCACCUUGAAAAGAUCUAAAGAGAAGAAGACAAAGAGCUCCGACGCUGCGUUGACACGCAUUAGAAAAUCAUGAAUCAUCUGUAUGACGACUUGUGAUUGGACGCAGUUUAAAGGAACGUGGUGGUUUACUGUCAGACAUGUUUUUACGGACUGCAGGGGAAUGUCCAAUCAUCGACAGCCUGACGGUCAUGAAAUAAAAGUUUCAUCUACGGACGUUUUUAUUUGAAUACUCACAAACUCUAACCCUUACGGCGAACUUCCACCAGAUGCGUGUUCAGUCCGUCACCGCUCCGUUCAGGCGUUUAUUCAAAGUGUGCUCUUCCUCUGACUGUGCAUCGUCUCUGCUGCGUCUCAGCUGUGUCUCUGCUGCGUCAGUCCAGAGCCCUCCGCAGCAGAUACGCAGGACUUUUUAUUUCUGCCCAGUGCCGGAGCAUGGAGCAUCAAAUUAGCAGAGAAAAGAACAAGUGAACAAGCGGGACAGGAAGUCAGAUACUGAAACAACAUUUUCAGAAUAAAACACUCCGUUUUAACGGUUCAUAAAAAUGACUUUGUGUGUUUAUAAAGUUUUAUACCACAUACAUUACCCCGGGAUUUCCUUUGUUUUGGCACUCCAGCUGAUGGCUGUGAGGACGCAGGGUGCACGGAGCCGUAACGGACCGGAGUGGACACACAAUGCACACGUAUCUGGUGGAAGUCCAGGGUUAUAUCUUGAUGUGUUGGUGAGACAAAUAUUCAUUCAUGUAAUUUAUCACACUUUCUUUCUUAGUUUUGAUCAAACUGGAGACAAAGUGAGAAUCAUGGUGUUUUUCUUUUCUCAUCAUCGAGUGAAUGUGUGAUUGUUUCAAAGUCUCCAAACUGUCAAUAAAACCUUAGAAACAGGAAA